AGUUCAGUUGUGUAGGUGGCAGGGUGGUGGCAGGCGGUGGCCACCUAGCGGCGGCGGCGACAAGCUGGGGUCACGUGACAUGACGUCAGCAUCCGCGACGUGGCAGCAGGUAGUGGCAGUUGUGUCCGCCAUUUUCACGAUAUCUUAGUGUGGUUAAAUUGGCAAAAUGGGAAACGUAAUUGCCAAUCUCUUCAAAGGCCUUUUUGGCAAAAAAGAAAUGCGAAUCCUGAUGGUUGGGUUGGAUGCUGCAGGUAAAACAACCAUCUUGUAUAAGCUCAAGCUUGGAGAAAUUGUCACCACUAUCCCUACUAUUGGUUUCAAUGUUGAGACAGUAGAAUAUAAAAACAUCAGCUUCACAGUAUGGGAUGUGGGUGGUCAGGACAAAAUCCGACCAUUGUGGCGUCAUUACUUCCAAAACACACAGGGACUCAUCUUCGUAGUUGAUUCUAAUGACCGAGAACGUAUUGGUGAAGCGAGAGAGGAACUAAUGCGAAUGUUAGCUGAAGAUGAACUCAGAGAUGCUGUGCUACUCAUAUUUGCUAACAAACAGGACCUUCCAAAUGCAAUGAAUGCAGCAGAAAUCACAGAUAAAUUGGGUCUGCACUCACUGCGGAACCGUAACUGGUACAUACAAGCCACUUGUGCUACAAGUGGGGAUGGUCUCUAUGAAGGUUUAGAUUGGCUCAGUAACCAGCUGAAGAAUGCCAACCGCUAAUCACACCACCAGCAGCUCACACACAUUAAAAGUUGAACUAGUGGGCAGUGAUUAUAUCAUUUAGAUUGCUGGCUUGGAUCAUCAGAAGGCUCUUGUUGCCUAUUCUGCACAGAAAAGUUAGUGAUGACAAAUGACUAUCAUCAUUAAGGAAGAAACUGGUUCAGGAAAGGAGAAAGUUAUUCAGUGUGUAACAAACACUGUGAAUCUGUAACCUAAAGUUGCUGUGGGUGACCUGCAGAAUAGUUCAGGUACUGGGUGGAAGGUGCCUGGGCCUGAAAAAUGUGCAGUGAACAAGUGAUGGGCUGGACAGUGCAGCAAUGAUGUUACCUCACCUGUGAUGUCAGCAAUGUGUGAAUGACUUUAAAGUGGUGAACGGAGGAGAACGAGCCUUGCUGUCUGUCCAGUCUACAGUAUCGACUUUAAAGCCCGAUGUCAGGUCAUACCGGAGCCCAGCGUUCUCUUGUCUUACUGUAGUACGAGAACUUAAUUAUUAGGACUUGGGCCCCAGUAUGGUACUUGGCGGAGUGUAAUGCCUUUAUACUGGUGUAAAAGUCUGGUAUGUGCUCUUUAAAGAAAGCAACAAAAAUUACAUUUUUUCUUCUCAUUUUCUUCUUUUUUCAAUAUCGGAUUUUAUAAUAGUAUAUCUUGUUUCAGUUUAAGGUAGGGACUUUUUAUUUAUUGGAAUGUGUUUGCAGCUCACAUCUGUGUUGUUAGAAUUGGUGCACUUUGCUUGGUCUCAAAAAAAAAAAAAAAAUCAAAGGUCCUUUAACAGAUGGGACAGACCACACCUGAAAGUUGACUUUUGUUGUAACAUUCCCGUUGGCAUAGACUCGAUGUGGAGCUACUGUAUCAGUUAAUCAACUUUGAUGUCAUACAUAUUUUGUCAUUGUUUCAAACCCUGAAUUUCGUAUAAAUAUAUUACCAAAAUACCAAUGUCCUUUCCUUGGAAUUGUUAAACUUGAGCAGGCAAAUUCCCUCACAAGGAAACUAGAAAAAAAAGGUGGUUUUCUGACUUCAUAUGCUCUUUGACUAAAUGUAAUAAAACUUAAUUUGUGCUUAA